AUGGCUUAUUUCGGCCCCACCUCCCUCACCUACCUCCCCGUCCUCCAGUGGCUAGCUGAUAAUUUCUAUUUGUGUGGAGGAUGCACUGUACCCUGUCGGCUACUAUAUGAGCUGUAUAUUGAAACCUGCAAUCCAGAUUUCAAGAUUCAAGUACAUCCAUCCACCUUUGGAAAGCUUAUUCAGUUAGUUUUCCCAGGCCUGGUGACAAGAAAGCGGACCACAGCAGGGAGCAUCAGAUAUCAUUAUGAUGGAAUAGCUAUCAAGAAGGAGUCUUCCUUUUAUGCACGUUUUUGCUGUCUUCUGUAUGAACAAAAUUAUCUCAGGCACUGCUCUCCGGGGGAAGUGAGCAUUUCUGAUGUGCAGCCAAGCACCAGAAGUUCCUGGAGUUCUGAAAAUGCAGCUGAUUACAAGAAGAAUAGACAAAAAAAAGGAACAAGUCAGAAUUUGCAGUAUUAUCCAUCUGUCAUUUAUCUGAAGACUGAACAAGAGACAUUUCAUUACCUUUCUCCUGAUUUCAACCAGUUCUUCUUUGGAGAACAAGCACAAAGUGAGACAUACCCCUAUGAACUGAUUGCACUGCUUGCCAAUGACUACUACAACUAUUGUCAAGUUAUUUUACAAAUGGUGAGAGAGACCAAGCUUGACAAGGUGGAAGAUUGUAUCAUGUCAUUCUGGACAUCUCUGCAGCCUGAAAGAAUAGAAUUGAUGUGCCUGCCAGAUGUAUGCCAGCUGUUAAAAAGCUAUGAUAGGUAUCUAUUCAAGGAAUUGGAGAACAUCCUACUUCCUGAUUUCCUGGAGGAGGUGCCUGCACAGCACAUAGACUCAAUCAGAUCAUUCAGUGAAAAUAUUAAAUGUUGGAUGCUUAAUCCUUUGGGAGGUUUUCCAUUACUGCUUCAAACAUCCAAGUCUAAUGAAGCUAAAGAGUUUGUAAAAAGGCUCAGGAGACAGACAGACCUUUGCAACAUGGUCAAGACAGUAAGAGCACUCUUGAACAACAACAGCACAGUCACUGUUCUGAGAUCAGGCUUGCAUGCCAUCUUCAAUGAGAAAUCUCUGGAUGUGACUAAAGACCUCUUUCAAGAGAAGUUCAGGAAUCCAAAGAAGCGGCAGAAAAACAUACAAUUAAAAUGUUUGAAGAACUUCAUUUCUUCACUGACAUCUUCCACAGAUAUUCGGGAUCUCCUGAGCUGUUUGUCUUCAGAUCUCCAGACUUUUGUUAUUAAGCCAAGCAAGAGUAAAGAGGCAUUUAAAGAGCAGGCAUCAGAUUUCAUGUUGAAAUGGAACCUCCUACUGAGCAAUGUAGGCAAGAUUCUGACCAUCAACAGGACAGACAGUUUUGGAUCCUGGCUUUUGCUGAAUAUGCUGCUUGUUGAUUUUGCGGCUCACAUUUUCCAGUCCUAUAUAGAAGAGGAGAAGGAAGAAGGAAAUGCCUUGGUUGCAAAGCAAAAUGAGGUCCCUGUUCUGUGUGUUUAUGAGCCCAGCCAUCUCUCAGCCUGUUUUGCUGAGGAAGAACCUCAAGCCAAUGCUCCACAGACAGCUCUUGUGAUGCAGAACCAGAGUAACUUUGGAUUAAGCAAUGCUUUCCAGAGUUCUGAGUUGUUUGGUGAACACAGCCACUGUCAGCAAGCACAUCCAGAUAAUUUAGGAAGAGAAAAUUAUUAUAUCAUGUACUAAGUUGGAUCUUCAAGUUGGAAAGGAAACAUUUCUUACUCAAAAAGAUGAAAUUAUAUUUCUUUGCCUCCAAAGAACCGCAAAUCUUCAGAGAAAAGCAUC